AGGUGAGAAAUGAGCAGAGUAGGCCUUUUGAAUUAGGGAAAUGGGACGCCGUCUCAUCACUGGCGGCACGCAAGGCUUCUUCGACCCCGAGGACCCGGACCGGAUCAGGUCGCACAAGAGGCAUGACGACUAUUCUCUGGAGCGCGUGCGCGAGUGGUGGGACAGCAAGCAUGCCGAGGAUGAGUCUGUCGAGGAUGGACCUGUCGAGGACAAGAGUUGAGUUUGGGUUUCCCUUGAGCGUGGGUUAUGGGUUUGUCGCUCGUCGGCUGCUCGUCAGGGCUUCCCUCGGUUGUUGAUUUUCCUGCUGUUCCUCUCAUUGAAUCAGAACGGUCUGCAUGUUUCCCUCGAUACUUAGAACUUCUCUUCGCCGCUGCUUGCUCGGUCCUUUGUCAGAUUUGGUCUUCGAAUCUCGCUGCUGAUCUAAACAUCUCAAAAACAAGAGCGAAUGAUCGACUCACACUCUGUUGCUA